CUAGCAUUUCAGAGGUAUUUGCUGCCCUCUGAAACGUUGGUGAACUUCUACCAGAGUACACAGCACUGCAACCCAGAAGACAGUCAUCUUCAUGCUUACUGCCUUGUGAACCUCAAAUCCUACUUGACUUAAUCCUAACUUCCACCAUGAACAACAGGGUGGCAGUGUGGGUGUGAUAGUAAUUACAAAUAUUGAAUGAACAAUUUAUGUAUAAGAACUGUGUUAAUUAAAUUCCUGAAUGACAAAUGAGAACUGAGAUUUAAGUUUCUCAAGCAAUGAGUACUAAGACAGUUGUCUUCCAGGUUGUUGUGCCUUGUAGUCGAGUAGAAGCACUGCAAUGUUUCAAAGGUGCUUGCUGCUUCCAUCAUCGGGGAAAUGAUAGCCUUGAUGAUGAAGGCAGCAGGCAACUGAAAUGGUACAACAAUACUGAAGACAGUCAUCUUCAAAAAUAGAAUCAUGUCUAUUGCAGAUUGAAGUAUAAGGGCAAUUUGCAGAUAGCCCAUUCUGUUAUAGGCUGUGAACUUCCUUUGCUGGGUCAACUUCUGGAGCUAUAGCUCACAAACAGGAAACUUGCAAGGACAUGGCCAGAAACAGAAAUGAUUAGGGAACUCCACAGUCCUGAUUUAUCACAAAUUUUGUAAUCCUUGUCUAUGAUCUAAAGUUAAAAAUUUGUUUCUAUAUGUGGUGUUGUAUUCAGUUUCUAUUUAUCGAUAAUUUAUUAUUUCUGUAGCACAUUUUCACAACUGAUAUUUUUUACUCUCUAAUACUUAAUUCAAAGAACAUGUUUGCUUAUUCAGAACUCCCCAGCCUAUUGUUCCUGUGUGCCUCAAAACAAAAAUGUUGGGUUUAAAUGAUAGAAAGUUGCAACAUUUCAUAACAAAUGAGUUUUUCCAUUUUAUUCUCUGGAAUAACAGCUCUUAAUCUUCCUCAUGGUAUAUAUUGAUAUAAAUCAGGUAAGUGAAUUAAUGGACAUAUUAAUCAUUGCUGCUGGAAUGUUGUAAUUUAACCCAUUCAUGAUGCUGGAGUGGUAAAUUAUCCAGCCUUCAGCAUUUUUUCCCCCUUUGCCUCCAUGCUUGUUAAUUUAUACUGUCAUCUUGAAAUGAAAACUCCUCUUACAUGUAUAUUGCAAUAAUAAAGUAACUGUACCAUUUAGAUAACAAAGUACUGAUUGUACAUUUAAUUUUAUGUACUUAAUGCCUCAGUGUGUUUUAGUAAUUUAAUCGACCAUAUGGUAUGCAAGUAUAGGAUAACAUUAAAAUGAAUGAGAUGGGUGGGUCAUGUAGCAUGCGUGGGGAAAUCAGAAAUGCAUGCAAAGUCUUGCAUUAGAUGUGUGAAGGGAGGAGACCACUCAGGUAUAGAUGUAAGGAUAAUUUUAAAAUGAAGAAAUAAAAUAGGGUGGGAUAAUUUUGACUGGAUUGAUUUUAUGGGCUUUUGUGAACACAGUAUUGAACCUUCAGAUUCCUUGAAAGGUAGGACAUUUCUUGGCUUGUCAAAUGACUAUCACACUCUAAGAAAGGCAUCAGUUAUGAAGUUUGUUAUUUGAUUAAUUAUAUUCUGGCUAUGGUUUUUAAUAUGGGCUGAGCACAUAAGUACUCCACACUUUCAAAAUGAUACAGAAAAGAAAUACAGUGUAUGUACCAAGUUAGUGGAAGUAGUUGAAACCAUAAAUCUUACUAGAUUUGAAAAAAUAAGUGACACCACAAUCUAAGAAACACAGGAAACAGUUGUCACACUACCAAUGUCACUUCCUGUGCAGGAAGUGUGUAUCUGUCUCUGAUUAAGAUACUCGCCAGUCACAAUGGCUGAGAAAAAUAUAGCAUGCAUUCAGUUGUUCACCAGUUCCCAUAUCUUGUGGUACAAUGCCAUUCAUACUCUUAACACUUUUACAAAUUAUAUUUAGAGUUAUAUCUAAAGUCAGUUCAGAGGGUGCCUGUCCUUAGUCAUUCUAAAUUACUUACAUUAAUUGAAAACAAACGUGUUUCAGUAUUAUAUAUGCAUUAGGCACAGUUAAUAAUGCAAUAAAUGUUUUGUACAUUUUAAAUCAAGGUUUACAUAUUUACAUACUUUCAUAUAGUGGUUUGAUGUGAUUUUUAUUUAUUUUGUAAAAUAAAUGAGUAAAUUCUUCUAAAUUCUACUGGUGUGUUGUAAACAGUUGUGUUAUUUGGAAUAUCUCAUAUUCUUGUACAAAAUGAAGUUGUGUUCUGCUUCAUGUGUGCUCUUGAUGUUUUUCACAUUGAUUCAAGACAUCAGUUCUUUAACAAUAAUUAGAGGAAAAUGCCCGCAACCAAUCUUAUUGAACGGCAGAGUGCGGGUGAUGUCUAAAGGUCGCACUGCAAGAUUCAAAUGUGACCAAGCAUUCCAGCUGUUGGGAGAAAAGUAUGCAACCUGUCUGCGUGGGAAAUGGGAUACAAUCUCCAUUUGUGUUAAAUCAGGUUGUCUCUCAUUGCCAUUCCUGAAAAAUGGACAGAUAGUCGAGAGCUACCGAGGGGCAGUUGUCAAGUUCCUGUGUAACCCAGGAUAUGCUUUAUUUGGAUCAUCAUUUAUGUAUUGUAAUGGUAUUGUGUGGAAUGGCACAAUUCCUGAGUGUAAAGCCUCUGAGAAGAUGGUUCAGACUUGGUGUGAUUUUGAGUCACAAGAUCUAUGUGGAUGGACCCAGGAUCCACAUCACAACUUUGAUUGGAGCAGACAAAAUUUUCAAACACCUUCAGGAAAUGUUGGAACUGGCCCCUCAUAUGAUCACACCCUGGGGCCAGACAGAGGUGGAUACUACAUGUUCAUAGAGUCAUCAAGUCCUCGCCUGGAGAAUGACACAGCACGUCUAUAUUCUCCCGUUUUCACCUCACAGUUGACGGCGAGUCAGCCAUCUUGUUUUAUCUUCUGGUAUCACAUGUAUGGAGCUACAACAGGCUCACUCCAUGUGUACACAAAGGCAGAAAACACUGAGUUUAGUGCAGCACUGUUGCCAAGAUUUGUCAAGUCUGGAGAUCAGGGCAACCAAUGGUAUCAGGCUAUUGUUUUGCUUCCCAGCAUGAAUGAGUCUUUUCAG